UCGCACUUUACACUUAAAUUUUUCACGAUAACACCGUAGAAAAAUUGUAGCGUUCUCGUAACGAUCACGUAAGCUUCGCAGCGCAGGAAAGCCAACGUACUUGAACGACCUAGAGAACAUUCGAGUAACAAGUGAAUCCUUCUACAUUUCUCAAAUAUCGCGAUCGUAAAACCGAUGAUACUGGCUACACUCGAAAGUCGAAAACCGAUCGGAGUAGCGCGUGUUUAUUUGGCGAUCACGCACGUCCGAUAAGAGGUACACUUCCGGCGGCAUGUGCAGCGUGUGCUGUGCAGUGUGCGAAAAGUAAACAAUAGGAUUGGCGACGCCGACGACGAGCGACGUGCGACGAGCAGAGAAGACGAUCGAGCAAUCAAAAGGAGAUUUCGAUUCUUUGGCGAAGAAGUGUUUUCUCGACGGCGGCUAUCAAGGGAUAAUCAUCGAAAUACGACGAGUCUCAACGGCGAUAGAACCUAACCUCGUUUUACCGCCACGCUGCCCAAGUAUGAGCCAGACCUCGCGGAGAAUCGUUGGAACGGUGCCGUGAGGAUGAAAGCUGCCGACCGUCUCAUUCCAGGGACGUACAAACACGAGGGACGAGUGCUGUCGAUCGAACGCCGAUCCGCACGUGAUCGGUGAUCGGUGUCAGCGCGGCAUGGCCAGCACGAGCGAGGAAGGAAGAAUGUACGACAAGUGUGUCAUCGGUUACUGGGUGCCCGAGAGAAAACGGCAGAAAUUCAAUUGGACCGAUUUCGAGAACAUAUGCGAGUCAGAAGGAUUUCGGUUGAAAAUGAUCGAUGUGAAUUUAAGUUUCGAGACACAGGGACCAUUACAUAUUUUCUUACACAAGCUGACAGAUAUGCAGUCACACGCAGAGAGUGGUGAUAAAAAUGCUGAAGAUAUUGUUUCGCGACUUCAGGAGUACAUUGCCAAACAUCCAGAUCUGAUCAUUAUCGAUCCUCUGGAUAAUAUUAGGAAUUUAAGUAAUCGAUGUAAAUCUUACGAAUUUAUACAAGAAGGCAUUCGGUUUAAAGAUAUAUUUACUCCUAACUUUGUAGAAAUCAAGAGCAGAAAUAUCCAUGAAAUAGCAUCAACAUUAAAAAAGCGUGGUAUUAAAUAUCCAUUUGUUUGCAAGCCGCUUCUUGCAUAUGGUUCAAGCGAUGCGCACAAGAUGAUGAUUAUCUUUAAUGAAAGGGACUUGAAAGACUGUCAACUACCUUGUGUCGCUCAGGAUUUCAUUAAUCAUAACGCUAUUUUAUAUAAAUUAUUUGUUGUGGGCGAUCGUUUUCACGUGGUCGAGCGUCCUAGCUUUAAAAAUUUUUAUGAAGAAGACUGUAAUUCGUUGAAUACAAUAUUCUUCAACUCGCACGAUAUAUCGAAAAGCUGUAGUAGAUCUAAAUGGUCUAUAUUGUCCGAAGAAGACAUUCCUUUAACUGUGAAACCAAAUUACCAAAUAUUUGAAACAAUCGUUAAGAAUAUUCGAGAGAUAUUUGGUCUUAUUCUAGUUGGAAUAGAUGUUGUAAUUGAAAAUCAUACUGGGAAGUAUGCCAUAAUAGAUGUUAAUGUGUUUCCUGGAUAUGACGGCUACCCGAAUUUUUUUGAACAUUUAAUAGAUAGUAUCAAAAAGUUGUUGGUAGAGCGAGAAAGUUUCAGGCAAAUCUCCAAGGGUUGUACAUUGAAAAAGUGUCAGAGCGAUGAUCUAGACUCUGGCUUCGAGAGUGACGAGAAGAAGAAAUAUUCUACAAAAUGAAUAUGUAACAUGUGAUGGAUAAUGUUAAUUUUAGGAUAAGCUAUAUUAGUAUUAAUCGCGGCGGUAGUAUCGGUAUCAUUUUGUAUUUGUCUAUACAUUUUUCUAACAAAAUUCGGCUCUCUUACAACUUCAUACGGUUUAAUUCUGCCAGGUAUAAUAAUUUUUUGAUAUUAAAUUUUGUAUUGCGAUUUUUAAAUCACGCAUCGCUUAUUUCAUAGAUAAUAUGAGAAUUUGAAUUAUUCGCGAAUUUGAGUCCUAUAUUUUGUAACAAAUUCCACAGUACAACAUGACUACGACUGCCAGAGAAGAUAUUUUGUACAUUUUAUGUGUAUACAAUUUGCAUUUCUGCAACGAGAUGUUAUAAAUGCCUGUGAGUUGUUGAAGAUAUUAGAUACAUAUGUAUAAUGAGAAGUAUACGGCGCGAUAUAGAAUAUACGAAUAUAGAAACAAUUAAAAUGAUUGCGACUGAGUAAAAUACCUCCAAUGUUUAAGUGUGAUUAAAUUAAUGGUUAUUUUUUAAUCGAUAAGAGAAUAACAAUACGAUUGAUAUAUUACAUAAGUAUCUAAAGAUCCAAAUACGCCAAAUACGGUCAAGGCUAGAUAUUAGAAUAAUUAUAUAAAUUCCUAAAUACAUUUAUUUCAGUCAGAUUGUGCGUCGCGUAUUGUCAGCCGUAUAACGUAAUCAUUUAAUGAAAUAAUAAUCUUUAUUAAAAAA